AUGCCGCCGAGACAAGCGAGCGCACUCCUGGUUGAACCGAUGAGGUGCGCGAUCUUCCUCCACGCUGGUUCUGGUUUUGAUUGCUUCCAGACAUUCGAAUGUGAGGUUGAGCUGUGUAGUGCAGAGAUGGCAAGCAUCUGUAGUGCCUAUCUCAUCAACUCCUAUUUGCUUGCUGCGCAAGUCAAAGAAAUCGGGAACUCACCUCAGGAUCACGCACGCCCGCGGCAGCGGCAGGUACUGUGGUGGUUACUACAUUCACUCAUUGGUACCACCACAAUGUCAAGUGUCGGCUCCACCCAGAUAUAUGCCGCCCGAUCUCUCAGCAUUAUGGCUGUGUCCCACCUCCCUAAAGCAGGCACCAUGGGCGGUCGUCUAGGAAAGGCAUGGCCAGCAAUUUCUAAUGGUUCCACCACACUGGAGCUCGCCAGGGUGACAAGUGAACUGGCUGAGCAAGACGCGACGUACCGGCGGGACGCAGGACGUAGUGCCAGCACGAGGCGUACAGAACAAGGCAUUCCAUUUGUCCUAUGCGCCGGGGUUACCAAGGAGAUUAAUAUCGUGCCCGUCAUCAAUGGGAUGCGCGUGCGGGGCGGCGCUAAGACACGCCAGUAG